AUGUCCGGCGACCAAGGAGCGAAAGGUACUGGGGUAUUAAUAAUGCUUGGCGAUGGGCAUAUUGAUUUGCCCGCAGAUAUUAUAAUUGAGAUUAUAUUGAGGUUCCCUGUGAAAUCCAUUUAUAGAUCUAAGUGUGUGUGCAGAGAUUGGUAUAAUGUAAUAGAAAGUCGUGAGUUUAGAGAACAUCAUUAUGCACUGCAAAAUGAUUCAACAUUUAUCAUUGAGGAUUAUUCGGGUAUCGUAAAGAUCUUUACAGAAGAAAAGUUGAGAGUUGUGGAAAAUAUUAAGAUAUCAGUGUUGAAUUAUAGUGAAACCCUUGUGAAAAAUGUUGAUAAGAUGCAGGUGUGGGAUGAUUGUGAAACCCAUCCGUGUCGUGGCUUAUUCCUUUUGCGCUUUUAUCGUUAUCGCUUUGGCAUAUUGAACCCUAGAACUAGAGACUUCAAACUUCUCCCGAAGAUGCCCGAUGUUGUUACUCGUUGGGACCCUAGUAGAGAUGAGUACAAGGUUGUUUUCUUCCACUAUGAUGGUCUAGGUGGCUUGACAGAUCAAUUGAAUAGUGAUUCUCUAGUUGUCGCGGUAUAUUCAUUGAAGAGCGAUUCUUGGAAACUUCUCGACUCUCCUCCGCCUAAAUUGAAAAGCGGAUGCAUUAAAAAUAGUAAGGAUUGGAAUAUACACAUAAAUGGGUUUUGUUACUGGCUAACAUCAUAUGGCCACCAUCCUUCACUAGUGUCUUUUGAUGUGGCUCGAGAGAGAUUUGGGAUGGUGACAUUACCCCCUAAAGUGAUGAAUGGAAAUCACACAGUCCUUUCCACUUACUACAAUUCACCAGCAUUGUUGUAUUGGAGGAGAUAUGAGGUGAUGGAGAUUUGGGUUUUGCAAGAACAACAACAAUAUUGGACAAAAGCUUUCAGCUUUAGACAAAUGGAUCCUGAAAUACGAGCAAUCGGAAUUUGGAACAACACUCAUGUUCUGCUGCAAAGAGGAUAUGCAAACAAACCUUCGAAACAAUUUUUUAUGUAUGAUAUGAAUAAUGACCAUCAUGAAGAAGAGAAGGUGGUCUUCACAAGUGACCACCGUCUUACAACUUUUCCCAAUUAUAAAAAGAGCCUAUUCUGCCCAACCAAGAUGGCUAAGGAUACAAACUUGUAA